AUGGCCAAAAUGAAGAACAAGAGUAAUCUUAAUGUGACAUUCUGCAAAAGAAAAAGUGGGCUUUUCAAGAAAUUCAGCGAGCUUAUCACACUAUGUGGGGCUGAAGUUUUACUUCUAGUAUUUUCACCAACAAACAGAGUGUUCUCCUACGGUCAUCCCAGUGUUGAGGAAUUGAUGGAGGUUGAGGAGCAGCAUGCGAAGCAGAUAAAUCACGACAAGAAAGUUGGGCAGGAUCAAAGAUGGUGGGAGAGAUCGAAUAAAGAGAUGAGUUAUAAACAACUUGAACAUCACAAGAUGUCUCUAUUGAAUUUAAAUGCCAUUGUGACCCAACAGAGGUUGGAGUUUUCUAACCCGUAA